AUGUCUACAACUACUUCCCGGAUAAUCUCCCCACCCAUCUUCUACUGGGGUACACCAGUUGUGCUAAUUACAACGGAAAACGAAGAUGGAAGACCCAAUAUCGCCCCAAUGUCAUCGGCAUGGUGGCUCGGAAACCGAUGCAUGCUCGGCUUAGCAGCCGGAUCGCAAACAACCAGCAACUUGAUCCGAACCAAGCAAUGUGUCCUAAACCUGGCAUCGGACAACAUGGCAGAAGCAAUAAAUACUCUAGCAAGAACCACCGGAUCAAAGGAUAUCUUGACAGCCACUCAGGCAAACGGAUUCAAGCGUAUGAACGGUUACAAAUACGUAGCGAACAAAUUCGGGCAUUCGGGCCUAACGCCUGAAGCUUCUGAUCUCGUGCGUCCUCCCCGGAUCGCAGAGUGCCCUGCUCAGAUGGAAGCUGAGCUGAAGGGUAUUCAUGAAAUGAUGCAAGAUGCUGGUGGGAAAAGAAUUUUUGCGUUGGAGGUUAAGGUUGUUCGGACUCAUGUCCAUGAGAAGAUUUGUAUGGAGGGAUACGCGAAUCGAAUUGAUCCUGAUAAAUGGCGCCCUUUGAUUAUGAGCUUUCAAGAGCUUUAUGGAUUGGCAGACAAGAAAACUUCCAAGUCAAUUCUCGCUGAAAUCAACGAGGAGAAUUACAGGCCGUUGUCUAAUCCUGUCGAAAACGAGGUCACGAUGGAAGAGAAAGAAUGA